GUGCAGAUAAAUAUGAGACAGGGAAAGAUGCCAGAGACAGAAGGGAGAUGAGAGAAGGAGAGCCAGAGAGAGAGACGGCUAGGAAGCAAGUACACAUGACCCACUAGGCAUCCCAGAGGCCCAGCCACAGCCAGACAAAAAGAGGGACAACGCAAAACACUGCUUUCCUGUGUGGCACGCUGGAAAACAUCGGCAGCUUCUUACAGAGUUAAGGAUCCACUCACCGUAUGACCCAGCAAUCCUGUUCCUGGCAUUUACCCUAGAGAAAUGAAAACUUCUUUUCACAGAAAAACCUGUAAGUGAAUGUUUAUACCGGCUUUAUUCAUAAUCAGCAAAAGCUGGAAAUAACCCGAAACAAAGGAGGUGAAUGAUCAGCAAACUGUGGUACACCCAGACAAUGGGAUCCUCCUCAGUGAUAAGAAAGAAUGAGCCCUGAUACCCGCGACAGCCCGAGUGAAUCUCAGAUGCAUCGUGCUGAGUGCAAGAAGCCAGACUCUAAAGGCUCUGCAUCGUGCAACUCCCUUUCCAUGAUAUUCCGGAAAGGGCUGGGGCAGAAAGCAGAGCAGUGCUUGCAGGGGCUGGGGUCCACUACAAAGGGUCAUGCAGGAAUUCGGGGGGUGAUGGGAGUGUUCUGCAUCCUCCACUGUUGUGGUUCUAUGAGAUUGCUCCCGACACAAAAACACUAACAAGGGUGAAUGUUACUGUAUGUAAAUCACACCUCAAUAAACUAGACCUAAAGGAAAGAAACAAGGACAGAAGAAGAGAGGUUGGGAGCGAGCAGGAAGGCAGAGGGGGAGAGGAAGGGAAGAGGCCUUGAGUCGUUAGGAAGUCUGCAGAGAUAGUCAAGAUCCCCCGCCUCAGCCACGGCCACAGCCGCAGCCCCACCAACUCACCACGUGGGUUUUCCAAGGGCCAGCGCCGGCCCCCUGGAACCCGACCCCCUUUCAGCCUGGGGACUGCCUCUGCUGGUGGGGGAUGUGGACCCCACAGCUCGGCUAGUUCCCCAACUAUAGCCUUGCCUCAGGGAAUGCUCAUACUCCCGCCCCAGACCCUGUUUCUGGGAAACUGGUGGGGAAGGCAUUUCCUGCCCAGACAACUUGGCAGCUCCCACUGCCAUGGAGACCAGCCUGGAAGCUGGGAGGGGCUCAGUCGUCUCCUGCUGCUCUGACCCUGUGAGCAGAAGAGGAGGAGGCCGGGGGUCCUGGACUAGCUGCAGGGACCCCUCCAGCCCCAAGGGAAGUGGAGGGCUGGGGGAUCAAAGCCCCACAUCUGCCUCCUCUCCCCUGCAGCAUGCUUAUCACAGUGAUGUUUGGAGCGGGCUGCAGGGAGCUGCUGAACCCCUGGUGCAGCCUGGUGACCCUCACAGCCCACCUGAGGCAGAGGGGGCAGGUGCCCCAAGAUGCAAGCAUCGCCCUCCUGUCUGAGGAUGGACACCUGGUGAGCCUGGAGGAGGGGGCUUCCCAGGCCCCCCCCAUGGGCAGCACCCUGCUGCAGGAGCGUGGGACCUAUGUCCUCGUGCAGAUCAUUAGCAAGGUUUCCUGGGCCUUCCAGAGGAGCUACGCUGGCUGUCUGGCCUACCCCCGACGGGUGAUGGCCGGAGGAGACGCACAGGCACACGGCGUGGCCACCAGGAGCAAGGUCCUCCUUCAAGGCCCCGAAAGGUGGGCUCCUUACCAUCAAGGACCCACUAGCUGGGACCAGGAGCCAGUUUACUUAAGGUGCAGCAUUCCACCGUGGGCAACAUUCAUCCAUCUACCCUCCCCAGCCCACUUGCCAUCUGUGGUGACCCCAGCAGACAAGCCAGCUUGAGAGGCACACGGCAGGCUUUGGUCUAAAAU